UCCCAUUUCAUUUGUCGAUCAAUUUUCAUGAGAUUGGGAACGCAAUGUUUUUCAGAAGUGGAUUUUAAUGAUAUCCACGUUCAUCAUAGGGAGUGUCGAGAGUCGACCAAGCAGACGAGGAUUAUCAACUUAGAGGCGAGUCCUACCAGACGCCUCGGGUGCCGUCACUAGAGAUGCCGAUAAGAAUUGUCAUCUUGGGCAUUCGAGACAAUGCUGACAAAAUCACAUCCUCAUCUUCUGCAUCAAAGCACUGGAGAUACGACUCCAAGCACUCCUUGGAGGCUGAUGGGCUCAGAAUACUGUGGCAGAAACACAUGAGGAAUCAAGAGUUCAAGGAGCCCCAAGGUAUGAGUGAAGAAGUUGAGGUGAUUACGGCUUCGGAACAUAGGGAAUUCAUAGUCUACACGGCCAUGCAGGCUAGCAGCCAGCAUGGGAAGUUGACGAAGAAACAAAUUCUUUCGACUUCCAUCUUCCUGAGACUCAUACAUGAGGAACUCACACAAGCACUGGACAGGCAAAAUAUCAAAUGCUCCAGCACUAGAUUCUACAAGUUCAACCAGCCAGGGCAUGGCCUGAGCUGGACCUUGACACUGGAGUAUGCCAAGAAGAAAAUCUGGAUCACGACUUCUACAAAGGAGAUGACCCAAAUCCCCACCAUUUAUAUCAGUUUCAUCCAAUUCUAUUGCUACAUUGUUGGGAGAAGGGCAAUCACUCCUACCCAGGCCAAGUUGGGAGAAAAUGCCUCGACAGCACAAUUCUACUUCACUGAAAACGAAGCGAUCAACUAUUUUACACUUCUGGAACAACGGCCAUCGGUCACCCACAUUGCUCGUCUGGCGAAGAUCCCCGUUCUGACUGUCGAGUACAAUAUUGCCAGAAUCAAAGAACAAGGCACGGUAAGGAACAGAUGCCGUAAUGGCCGACCCCGCAAGAUCACCGCCGUCGACGACGAGGCACUCGGUCAGUGGAUUCCAUGUAACCGUGAGACAACGGCGAAAGAACUGGCACAAAAGUUGCUUCAGGACCGAGGUCGGCUCGUGUCCCUAUGCACGGUACGACGCCAGCUCAAACGGAUGGACUAA